CUUUAAUAUUCGUUGUCAGUUUUGACAUUUUGCUCAGAAGUCAAUCGAUAAUUUUUCUGCUCGGUCGAUAUUUUCAUUUCUUUCUCGAGUCAAGAGACAAUAAAAAAGUGAUAGAAAAGGAAUUUUUCGGAAUAUUUUGCAAAAAUUAUUAGUUUAAUAGCGUGAGGUCGUGAUAAUAAAGAACGUAAAUGAGUGUAUUAAGCAAUAAAGGAAGUUGAGGAGUGCAUGAAAGCAAACAAACGUUGAACGUGGAGAAGGAGGAGCGGAGCAUACUGCGCGACAUUGAAGUUCCAUAACUGCUGCAACUGGCGCUGUCGCUGCGCUGCUGUUUGUGUGUCUAGACGAGGAGGAGCGACGAGGGAGCACAAGGAAGAGGGUGAUAGACAUUGGGAGACACGCACAGCCGCGGAGGCGACGAAAGGAGGCAUAGUAGUAGAAGCGGACAAUUGCGAUUAUUAUCGCUACUACAACAUGGUUAGCACAAAUUUGGUGGUGCCGGUGGUGCUUUGGGGCCCUUCGGCACCAACCCACUGCGUGUCCAGCGUAUUUCUAUCCGAUGAUCAAUCAACACUCGUCACUGGUUGCUACGAUGGUCAGAUCUGUUUGUGGCAAGUUGACCCGUUGACUAUGAAAAUGUCACCACGCUGUCUGCUGGUUGGACACUCGGCACCAGUUUUGUGCCUGGUACGUGCCUCCAUACUGCCUGAAAACAAUUUUCUCGUCAGCUCUUCGGAAAAUGGAGAAAUGUGCACAUGGGAUCUAAUCGAUGGCAAAUGUAUGGAAUCGGUGAAGUUGGCACAGGUGCACACACAAAUUCAAAGCUAUCAUCCAGCCAACAGCGAAGACGUGCGCCUCUUUUGCAUUGGCUAUUACCCAGAGAUAAUCGUAAUGGACCCAUUUAGUUUGGAAAUCAUUUAUCAGCUUAGUUCGAAAGUAAAGCCGGACUGGAUUUCGGCACUACACGUUUUGCGCCCCAUGAAACGCAAAGACGAUGUCGUUCUGGCAAUCACCACUACCGGGACCGUGAAAGUUUGGACGCUAAUUGGUAACGAGAAUAAGCACGCUGAACCAAUCUAUGAAAAUGAAUCGAAGGAAAUUCGUUGCUUGAAUGCCAUAACCAUGAAUUGUUGUGCACAAAAUCAACGCACAGUGCUAAUCGUUUGCACCAAGUACUGGCAAAUCUAUGAUGCGGGAGAUUUUACAGUACUCUGUUCGGUGAUCGCACCGACACGCGAACGUUGGCAAGGUGGUGAUUUCAUCACUUCCGAUCGCGUCAUGCUAUGGACUGACGAGGGCAAAGGCUAUAUUUACAAGCUGCCUGCCAAUUGUAUACCAGACAACAAAGAUUUUCAUGCCAAAUCAGUGGUACGUGAUGCACCCUAUUUGUAUUAUGUAUUGCAGCAACCGGGCGAUAAAGUGCUGUCGUGUCCACCCGCAAUGAAGUUGCUGCGAUAUCAACGAGAGGACGGCAAAAUGCAACACUAUUUGUUACGUGGAGAUUCCGAGGGCUAUAUCUCCGUAUGGACAGUUCCGGAGGUGCCUCUGGAUAAUAUCUGCAUAUUGCAAGCGAAACAAAUGCCACCAAGAGUGCUUAAACCUACUGUCUGUACUUCGUUAGUCGAGGCAUGGUCUAUCAUGGAUCCACCGCCCGUUGGUAUACUCGAUCAACUAUCGCGUAUCACCGAAACGCCAGUCAAACUAACCUCAAGCAUUUACCUACCGCAGCAAAGUCGGUUGGUAAUUGGACGUGAAGAUGGCACCAUUGUUAUCGUGCCUGCCACCCAAACUGUUAUGAUGCAGCUGUUAAUAGGCAUCAAGCAAAACUUUAGCGAUUGGCCGUCGCAUCAGAUCCUUUGUGGGCAUCGCGGGCGUGUCAACUGCCUAUUGUGCCCUUCACUGGUGCAUCCACGCUACGAGAAGUCACAAUUACUAUCAGGUGGAGUCGAUUUCGCCGUUUGUUUGUGGGACUUGUAUAGUGGCAGUUUGUUGCAUCGCUUCUGCGUGCAUGCUGGCGAGAUCACACAGCUGCUGGUGCCUCCAGAGACUUGUAGUAACCGCAUACUGAAAUGCAUCUGCUCAGUUGCAUCAGAUCACUCAGUGACGCUAUUAAGCUUACAGGAACGCAAAUGUGUUACACUUGCCAGUCGUCAUCUGUUUCCAGUAAUAUCCAUAAAAUGGCGUCCACAGGACGAUUUUCUCAUCGUUGGUUGCUCAGACGGUUCUGUGUAUGUGUGGCAAAUGGAAACGGGACACUUGGAUCGCGUGCUACAUGGUAUGCUGGCUGAAGAGGUGUUAUUGGCGUGCGACGAACAGUCUGCCGAAGAUGGUAGUGGCGGACAGAGUGGUGCAGCCGCGGCCACUUCAGAGAUGGGAAUGGCCAAUCCGGCGGUACACUUUUUCCGCGGCAUAAAGUCCCGCAACAUGAACGCCAUACGACAUGCAACUCAACGCGGCAUACAUCAGUUGCAGCAACUACAGGGCCACAACCAAGGUAACUUCGAUUUCCUAAUGAAGCACCGCAGCAAUCCGCUUGUGAUUCAAGGGUUACGCACCAAUCCUAAAGAUGCGGAAAGUCAUAUACUAUUUUUCGACAUAGAAGGACUAAUAUUUGAAUUGCAUAGCGAGGAGUAUGCACAAAUGACGCCCGCUGCCCUAGAGGCGCUGGGUGUGGUUCUAAGCAAUCCGAAAGAUAAGGCGGUGCAUCUAGAUGCAUCCAAAAAAAUUAGCGAUUUCUUUGGGAAGGUGAAAAACAAAGCUGGCGAUAUGGAAAAAAUAUUGAAAGAUAAGGAUAAACACGGCCUAGUGCAGAAGUUCAAAGAAAAGACGGAGGCAAUGGAAAAGAAGGUGCAAGCGAAAGUCGAAAGUUUUCAAAAAGUCGUGGAGACGCAAGAUCAGCCUGAUGACUUGCGUAGCAAAAUAGCUUCGAAAAUGGAGGUGACACAUGUGAUGGAAGUGGCGCAAUUGUUGCUAUCACUUUUACACUCGUGGGGACUCGAUCCACAUUUGGAUAAAGUAUGUGAAUCACAGUUGGGUCUGCUGCGUCCUAUUGUGCCAGUUUCAUUUGGCGUGCUCUCCAAGGCUGGUUACAUGUCAUUGCUAUUGCCCACGUGGCAGAACAAUUACCAAAUACCCGACAAUAUACCACCCACGGCAAGUAGCUCGAAGAAACGCGAUAUUCCGGCUGAAUUACUCCGCCAAGAGCAGUUAACUGCUGUCUUUACAUCACGUUUACAUUGGGAGUUGAGCACGACGUUGACAUCAAACCACAUAUUAGCACUAGUGGCCAUGUCCAAUACUUUGAUGUCGAUGAACGCCGCAUCGUUUCUUCCCGACAGCGAAAAGAGCAAGAAAUUGCAGCGAUUGGCCCAACGGACCGAAUCUACGCUGAGUAACGAAGAGGAGCGUGAAGAGCUCAUAGCACAUCACACAUCGCAAAUCAAACAAGGCUGGAGUUUAUUGUCCACGCACCAUUGCUUCCUAUUGCCCGACAAGAUCGAGGCAUUAGAGCCACGAAAAUUCAAACGGCCACAAGUUGAGGCGAUGGCCAAGCGUUGGCAGCAUCAUUGCAUUGAGAUACGCGAGGCGGCCCAACAGAUUCUACUUGGCGAAUUGACGCGCAUGGGUAAGAAGGGGCGCAAGCAGCUAGUGGAUAGUUGGGCACAGUACUUACCGCUCUACACGCACACCGAACCCAUCGUACAGCCACAGGUACUGGCGGCGGUACAGGGUAAUAGUGGCAAUGGUACGAAUGGGCAUACCGGCACAGUGGACAAUCAGGACGAGGACUACGAGGAGGAGGAAGAGGAAAUCAUACGCAAGCCGUCCAGUUUGUCUGAACUGAAACGCAAGCAGACAACGGCUGUCAUACUUUUAGGCGUAAUCGGCGCCGAAUUUGGACAGGACAUUUCACAAGAUUCACCACAACGUGCAACUGCGGAAAGACGAAAAUCCUCGGUGGCUGAAGGUUUUGGCAUAGCCAAUAACUUGGCCCGAUUAACGUCUAUGGCUUUAGCCCAUUUGCUUUACGCACCACCUUCACAAAAACUACCAAAGUACACGCCACUUCGACGUGCUGCAAUUGAUUUGCUUGGACGUGGCUUCACAGUAUGGGAACCAUAUUUAGAUGUAAGCAAAGUGCUGCUCGGUUUGUUGGAAAUCGCUUGUGCCGGCAAAUCGGUACCUAAUCUAAACUACAAACUACCAUUGACACCACAGGCGGAUGCGUGUCGUACCGCGCGACAUGCCCUUCGUCUGAUUGCGACCGCAAGGCCUGCCGCCUUCAUAACGACCAUGGCGCGCGAGGUGGCACGCUACAACACUAUGCAACAGAAUGCGCAGUCCAUUAACCAACCACUCACCCAGUCAGUGCUUUACAAAGCCAAGGCGGAAAUACUAUUGUGCGUUGAAAUGCUCAUUGAUAAAAUGCAAGCAGAAAUCGCCAGUCUGCUUGUAGAGGUGAUGGACAUUACCCUGCACUGUGUGGACAAUAAUGAUUUGAAGGCGCGCGGCUUAGCCGAGGUAUGUCCCUCGAUAUGCAAAUUCAAUCAAAUAUCACAUUGUGGGCAAACGCGACGUAUUGCCGUUGGCGCACACAACGGUCAUCUGGCAAUCUAUGAACUGCGUCAAAACAAGUGCCAGAUGAUACCAGCACACACACACCCCAUAACUUCGCUAGCUUUUUCGCCGGACGGCAAAUUUCUUGUUUCUUAUUCGUGUAGCGAAAAUAGGCUAUCCUUCUGGCAGACGAGUACCGGCAUGUUCGGCUUAGGCAAUUCGCAAACACGUUGCACCAAAGGCUACUCGACAGCACCCAUACCCGAUGUAUCACGCUUAAACCCGAUGCGCUUAGCCAAAUUGGUGUGGAUCAACAACCGCACGGUCACACUAAUGUUGGCCGACGGCUCGGAAACGCGAUUCAACGUGUAGGUUGUGCGACGUGGUUUGGGACGGAAUAGAAAACAUAAGGACGGCAGCGAUGCAGUCAAAGCUGUACGAGCAUCUAGGCAGUUAACAUUUAGGGAUUUUGAUUUAAAGGCUUUUAAUAUGCGAACGAACGGCUGGGCGGACGGGCGAACAGUUUGUCGUGAGAAAAUGGGUAGAGACCAGUAUUUUCAAGCAUCAGUUUUUGUUUUUGUUAAUCUAACUGUACGGCAAAGUCUAACUUAAUACGCUUAACGGUUCCUACAUUUGCUGCAAGCAAAACUGAAAGCGCUUAUAAAGUGUAUUUAGUUGUAAUGAUUUCCAAAAGAAAAACAGUGUAUUGUUUACAAGUGAUUUUAAUUAUUUUUGUUACUGUUUACUUUAUUAUAAUACAAUAAGGCACUUGCGAAGUGCUUUUGUAAGAUUUUAAUUAUUUUUUGAUUCUGAAAUCAAUUUUCAUAUCAAAUUUGACGUUUUGUUUUUAUGUUGCGAAUUUCGUGAUUGUUUCUCUGUAUUCAACUCCUAUCCGAGGCCCACUGUUCGCCCAUGCGUGGAGGGUAUAUAACGUUUGUGUUGCAUACAUUUUUAGGUGUAUUAAUGCUAAUAUUCUAACGGUGGUACGCACAUUUACAAUGUAUGUCCACAUAUACAUACAUACCUACACCCGUGUUGGUCGCUAUACUAAACAGCUGAUCAAUAUAAACUAUAAUAUACACGAAACUACAGAAGUGCAAAUGCGAAAUGUAUUUAAAACACAAUUAAUAAAAUUUAUGAAAAUUAUAAAAAAAACUAAUCUGCAUACAUACAUAAACGAAAUAAAAGUACGAUAUUAGUAAAAGGAAAAAAGAAUGAACUACAAUAAAUAUGUAAAUGCUGUUAUUAAUAUUUGUUAAAUUGUUAUUAUAUUAUA